GAGAGUGAUAGUGGGAGAGACAGCUUUUGAUUUCACCUUCACUUAAAGCUGCCAUUACGGCUGUAUUGAUCUUUUUAUCUAACUGUACUGUUCUAGCACUCAAGGACUCCCCCCAUCUCUUUCUCUCUCUCUCUCUCUCUCUCUCUCACUCUCUUAUUCUUCAUCAUCUUUCGCAUCAUUUUCUCACUUUAUCUCUUAUAUUUAUCGUCACGCUUUUAGAUGACAUUUCACCAGACCUUUAUGUCUGUCCCAUUACACAGGAUAAAUCAGCUGGUUUUUGGUGGAAUUUACCUUUCAAAUGCCUUUGAGUUUGUUUACCACCUGUGUGUUUGUGCCAUGACGUUGACAGAAGUGCAAAAGUCUGAAAGACACAUAUAUAAAUAUAUAUAUCCAGGAAUGCAUGUCAAAAAGAAACGAGGAGGGAAACAUGAAAGCAAGGAUUUUUGGUAGUGAAUGCGUGGGAGGACUUCGCAACGGGACAGCAGGGUAUACAUACAGAAACGAAUCAAGGGAUGAACGCAGAACAGGUGCACACAUUGGGUAACAGACCAAUGACAAGACAGGGGCGGAGACAGGACCAAAACAAUAGCCCUAUCUGGACAGGAUUCAAUUUAAAUGGGGUCCAGGGGUAAUUUCCUAUUUUGCAGGAGCUCACCUGGGACUUUAUUAUUACUGUCCGGAUUAGCCUCGGUGGUGUUUUUCUCCGUCCUCCUCUGAGAAAAUUACAGACCGAAUUCCUCCCCCAGUCCAAAGACAUACGUUGUAGGCUGAUUGGCAUUUCCAAAUUGUAAGUAGUGUGUGAAUGCAUGUGUGAUUAUUGGCAUCCCAUCCAGGGUGUCCUACUCCUUGUGCCCCGAGUUCCCCGUGAUGAGCCCCAGGCUCCAGGCUCAUAAGCGGUAUGGAAAAUGGAUGGAUGGAUGCUCAUGUCCUUGAUUUUCUAUGCAGUUGCCUCACGUUUUCAAAAUAAAGAUGUACGACUGCUGCUACUUGCUGAAUUUAGUCUCGUAGCACGCAUAUCAUUGACCCCCCACUCAGAUAUUAACCAUUUCCCGAGACGCCAAAAAACGAAAAAUGGAUGCUUCUGGAGGCUGAUUCUUUGUGAUUAUUGUUUCCUUGUAUUUGUAAAUUGUUGCUGAGGACUUUGAUUCGGCCCACACUGAAAGAAUAGCCAGCGUCCCUUCUCUGCUCCAGCACCUCUUCGAACGCUUGGACACCAUGAUGUGAACGGAGCGUGAUCAUAUGACCGUAUGAUCCAAUCCAAAUAGGCCUAAAGGCAUGGGGAGAAACUUCAACAAAACCCACAUGGAGUACAAGGGAUAAGUCGUAUACGGUGUCAUCGCAGAUGAUUGACGCGUUGGUCUUCCUGGAAUCGGCGCUUAUGCAGAUUAAUUCCUGAUAAAUGUUUCACUAAUUGCUAAGUGCAUGUUUGAAAGGGGGUUGUUAUCUUCUCAUUUAGGAUUUUUGCAGCGAUCUCUUUCCUCCGGCCUGUGGUGUUCGUCGACGGUUCAGACCAGCAGACGCAGCUGUUGUUUUUAGAGGGAUUACUCACUGUCUCCGGUUUUCCCACAGAGGCCGAGUCCUGCAUCGUGUUAUUCGAGUCGAUAUGAUGAAAGACGUGAGAGGGAGAGGGGGGGCAGGGGGACAAUGCAGACGAGUUGUAUGGGUCGACCAAGAUCAAGGCUGGGGGAGAACCAGAGGGAAGGGGAGGGUGUCCCUGGAAUCUGAUCCCCCUCACUCAGGCUCGAUUUGGGAAUGUGACUUUCCUUCAUGUCCCCAAACAGAGUGAAAGAGAGAGAUAGAGAGAGAGGGGGAGAGGUUGUGGUAAGGCCCCAAGGGUCGGACAAAAAGAGCGAGCCAGUCUGAUAAUGUGUUAAGGGCGGUUUGCGAGACAAAAACAACAACAGCAACAAAAAAAGCAAGGGAUGGAUGGAAGAAAGGACGGAAUGGGCAGACGAAAGAGAAGACAAGGGAAAGCAGUAGAACAGAGGAUGGACAGAGAGGUGAGGGAAAACAGCAACAGGACCAAGAGGUCGACACUGAAGAAUUUCCAAAAGAGGCGGGGGAGAAAGAGCGUGAAGUGCAGUACGGGUUGAAAGGAGAGACAGAAGCUUCGUAACUGCUGACAGGGUAGAAAGAGAAGAGGAGUGCGCCUAACCUGAUGGGAGAGCCCGACGGAGGAGGAGGAGGAGAAGUCAAGCUACGUUCGUCCGUCCAUUAUCUCUCCCUCAUACCUCAUUUGAAAGUUCAGCAGCAGCCCUCACAGGAAGGAGGCGUUUAUCAGGGUUAUCCCGUGCCAGAUCUUGAACAAACACCAAAGCAACACUGUGGGGAGCAAUAAUCCGGAUCGUACUUCUGUGGAUCUACGCCUGGACGCCGACGUCUUCACCUCAGAGAGUCGCGGCACUGAUUUGAAGAUCUUCUUGUUCGUCUGGAGGAUGCAGGGAGUUUUGGCUGAGUUCAAAAAAAUAAAUGGACGAAUAGGAGGCUGACGAAGGACUCGAUUUCGUAAUCUGCAGCGAUUUCGCUCAGAUCGAUCAACAGAGCCUCUGUAGUAUGGGAAGUUUGUGAAUACGUGGAGUGUGAUACAGGACAGAGUGCGGUGUGGUUACAUGAUUUAUAUCGGGAUUAACACGCCACCAGGUGAUCAACUCAAUACUCCAGAAAUGUUCCUCUAAUUACUCAUAUUACGAUGACGUUUAACAAAGGUCAAUAUUUCGAGUCUGUCAGCUGACCAAGCUCGCUUAAUCCAGGUCCUUAUUUCUUUCUUCCCUCCAGCUGUUUCAACCGUCUUGUGAAAGUUCUUAUCGAAAGCUACGUGUUUUUGGAGACCAGUGGCAGCGGGAUCGCACAUCAGUCAGUGGCACGGUUUAAAAAGACUCUGUUGUUGACACUUGCGAAUAACAUCCACGGCGCAUGAUGGCUUUUGCACGUCUGGACUGUGUAAAAGCGCAGCAAUCCGCGCCUUUAUUUAUGCGCGCCUGCUCUCGGGAGGAAUGACCUAACAUGGAAGCGCUGACUUCUCCACUCAUCACCAAAAUAAAUGAGGCCGGAGAGGACGCGUCGGUUUUUUUUUUUCCUUUCUCCUUCUUCUCUUCUCGUGCGCACGUCUGCUCAAACGGCUGACGUUUUCUCAUAAAUAUCUCUCACUUCCUCUGUUUUCGUCCCGUUCGACCAAAUGAAACUCUUUUUAAACUGAGGCAAUCUGAGCGCUUCAGCGCCAAGUAUCAUGGCCCUUGCUGGUACGCACUAGCUCCAUUCCUUCCUUUUCAGCCAAAGCCGUCCUCUCACAAAGAGGGCCUGUAAAAUCCUCUCAGUCAUGAGUAUCCAGGGUAUGGAACUGUUUGCCAUAGCAGUGGUCAUUAUUCUCUUCGUGGCCGUCCUUAAGCAGUUUGGCAUCCUGGAGCCCAUGUCUCUGGAAGACGGUGAGCAUAAGCACGGUGAAAACCGACCCGGCCGUUUCUUCUGUUCACUUUUUUCCUCCUCUGUCUCGCUGUUGUGUCGUGGACUUUGUGUGGUCUCUGUGUUUUGGUGUCUCGGUGCUUUUUUUUUUUUUUUUUUUUUUAAACUGUGUGAUUGGUUCCUGUUUAUCUGUUUCCUGUGCGCUAAAGAUCCUUUUCUCUGCUUUUUAUGAGCACAAUCCAGCCUGUUAGAGCGUGGGGGAAAAAAACACCACAACAACAAUAGACUGCGGUUUAACAUUCCUGCUCCAGGUUAAUGUAGAUAACAUGUAAAGAGAAGCUUCUAGGGACCGGUUUAGCAUCGUGCGCGCUGACGUUCUAAAUCAUCAAACACGCUUAGGGUUCUGUUUAUUUGACGUUUCUUCGAUCUCCAGAGGGCGUCUACUUUUUAAAGAAGGAACCAUUUUUACAUUGAACCUUCAGCGGUUUCUCCAGAAGGACAAGCCAAAGCGCCCUUAAGGCUUCUAGAUUUAAAACAAAACAAAACAAAACUUGCAUAUAACUAUAUGAAUCAUUUCUAAUAUUCUACUCUAUAUUCAGUCUUUAGGCCACGCCUCCCACCUCAGAUGCUUACCCGAGUUCAAGAUGGCUGCCGGGACUGUUUUUGUUUUUUCGCGACACUGUUUUAGCAAGUGUGCACGAUGCUAAUCCGGACGCUGUAAGCAUCCGUUCACGUUUAGCUACGCAAAAAUAAUCCUCCAAUCCUUUUGUUUUUUUUUAAAUGCUAUUUUAUUUUCAUGUUAGCCAAUCACACAGAACAAGGCUUCUCUUUCGUCCAAAUUUGUCCCAGGCUCUCUCUUUCUCUCUGUCUUUAUUCUUCUUCCACUACAGUGCUAACACUUUCUCGAUCUCGCUCCCUCCUUCCCUCCAUCGUUCCCUCCGCCCUCGCUCCCAUCGCACGUUCGCUACAUCCUGUCCGUUUAACCUGCAUCCCAUUUCCUCACCCCUUCCCUCCGUCCCUCUCUGUCUCACUCUCUGCCCCUCUUCUCCUGUCUUCCGUCGCUCUUUUUCUCCCGUAGACAGCAGCGACAGCGACUUGGAGCUGGCCACCGUCAGGCACCAACCCGAGGGCCUGGAGCAGCUGCAGGCUCAGACCAAGUUCACCCGCAAGGAGCUGCAGUCGCUCUACAGGGGCUUCAAAAACGAAUGCCCGAGUGGCCUGGUCGAUGAGGAAACUUUCAAGACCAUCUACUCUCAGUUUUUUCCCCAAGGAGGUAAAAAAAAAAAAGGACCUCGUUUUCUUUUUUUCUUUUUCUUUUCUUUUCUUGUCACAUACAUAAAAACGAAGAUUUCACACGCCGUACUCGCCCCGUGCGUUUACUUUCCUUCCCUAGAUGCCACCACGUACGCUCACUUCCUGUUUAACGCUUUCGAUCUGGACAGAAAUGGCUCCAUUCGCUUUGAGGAUUUUGUGAUCGGUCUUUCCGUGCUCCUGAGAGGCUCCGUCACAGAGAAACUGAACUGGGCCUUCAACCUUUACGACAUCAACAAAGAUGGCUACAUCACCAAAGAGGAAAUGCUGCUGAUCAUGAAGUCUAUCUAUGAUAUGAUGGGCAGAUACACUUACCCCAGCGUACGAGACGAAGCGCCGUCUGAACAUGUGGAGAAGUUCUUUCAGAAAAUGGACAGAAAUCAAGACGGCGUAGUGACGAUCGAGGAGUUCAUCGAGACGUGUCAGAAGGAUGAAAACAUCAUGAGCUCCAUGCAACUCUUCGAGAAUGUGAUAUAGAGAUAUAAACCAGGCCGCUCGCUACAGAUACAACAAACUCCUGGGGGAAAAAAAAAAAAAACACUCUUCCAUU